UCAUAACAUAUGAUUUUGUUGUAAAAGUGCUUCCCACGGUUUUUUAUCGGUUGAUUUUGAUUGUGAAUUUCGAACGGAAUUAAUACGGAAUAUACUCAUAAAAAUGUUUGAAAACCAAGCCAUACAUACAGAGCACAAGGACGUUAUUCACGAUGUUGCGUAUGAUUAUUAUGGACAGCGAAUGGCCACUUGUUCGAGCGAUCAAUAUGUCAAGGUCUGGGAUCAAAAUGACGCUGGCGUAUGGAGUGUGACGGCCAGUUGGAAAGCCCAUUCUGGUUCAGUUUGGCGGCUAUCGUGGGCACAUCCCGAAUUCGGCCAAGUGUUGGCGACUUGUUCUUUUGACAGAACAGUCUCCGUAUGGGAGGAAACCGUUGGCGAAAAAAGUUCCCCAACAAUGUCACCGGUGAAACGCUGGGUCCGUCGUACAAAUUUGGUCGACUCGAGAACAAGCGUGACGGAUGUCAAAUUUGCACCCAAAUCACAAGGACUGGUAUUGGCGACCUGUUCUGCUGAUGGAAUUAUACGUAUUUACGAAGCUCCCGACAUUAUGAACCUCUCCCAAUGGACUCUGUCGCACGAAAUUGCCGUAAAAAUUCCCCUUAGUUGUCUUUCGUGGAACCAAUCUAUGUUUCGUCUACACGCUCCAAUGAUUGCUGCCGGAAGUGAUGAUUCAUCUCAAAGUUCGGGAGGGAAAGUUUUUAUAUUUGAAUAUAGCGAGAACUCGCGACGCUGGGCAAAAACAGACACCAUCAAUUCUAUCAUCGAACCUGUGCACGAUAUUGCAUUUGCGCCCAAUGUGGGUCGCAGUUACCACAUUUUAGCAGUGGCUAGUAAAGAUGUCCAAAUCUUUAACUUGAAACCAACUUUGGAACCAGCAUCUAGUUCCCGAUUGGAUAUCCAACAAGUGGCACAGUUCGGUGACCAUUACUGCACAGUUUGGCGAGUUACUUGGAAUAUUACGGGAACAAUGUUGGCUUCAACUGGAGAUGAUGGUUGCGUUCGAAUGUGGAAAAUGAAUUAUCUGAAAAGUUGGAGAUGUGCUGCUGUUCUCAAAGCGGAAAACUCGCAAACGGUGCAGGAAAACUCCAUUGCACCAUCGCUCAACUUAUCCAGUUUGGUCAACGCCACUGCAAAGUACUACAAACGUGGAACUAUUAGUCAUCCUACUCAGGUGCCGAGGCAUUAAUUUAUUUUGGAAUAUCCAAUUACGAUUAAUGUGGUGAAUAAAAUUUCUUAUGUUAAUAUUGAAUAAAUCAAGAAAA